AUGAUACAUUUUGUUUUGCUUAUAAGCCGUCAAGGAAAAACAAGACUUGCAAAAUGGUAUAUACCGUUAUCUCAAAAAGAAAAAGCAAAAAUAAUAAGAGAAACUUCUCAAAUAACAUUGAAUAGAACACCAAAACUUUGUAAUUUUGUCGAAUGGAGAGAAUAUAAACUUGUAUUUAAAAGGUAUGCUAGUUUAUUUUUCAUAACUUGCAUAGAUAAAAACGAUAAUGAGUUAAUAACUUUAGAAAUAAUACAUCAUUAUGUUGAAAUUUUAGAUAAAUAUUUUGGAAAUGUAUGUGAAUUAGACUUAAUAUUUAAUUUUCAUAAAGCAUAUUAUUUAUUAGAUGAAAUUUUAGUAACAGGAGAAUUACAAGAAAGUAGCAAAAAAACUGUUCUUAGAGUAGUAGCAGCUCAAGAUGCUCUAAUGGAAGAUAAUAAAAGUAGUAAAAAAUUAGGGGCAAUAAUUUAA